GCUGAGCCACUGGGUGAGUUCGGGGCGGCCGUGCGUGCGUGCGACGCGUUUGCUGAUCCGUUGGUUGGUGCAGGGAAACAAGGAGUGGCUGUAGGGUAUCUGUAUGCUGUAUGCCAUGUCCUUCUCCAGUGAAAUGUCGCCGUUGUUCGUUGCUCUGCAUGCCCACUGUCCUCGGACACGAGCACAUGGAAGGUGGGGUUCCGAAGCCAGAUCUCGUCAGACCCGUCGUCGACCCUCCAAGCUGCAUGCAUGCAUGCGCUCCCGAAUCUGA